CGCCGCCGCCACCGCUGGUCGGGGAGACGCGGGGCUGCGGGGGGCGGGGGCCGCGCGCGGGGCCGGCGGGGGGCGGCGGCCAAGCCCCGUCCUCCUCCUCCUCCUGCUCCGGCGGCGCCGCGGGCUCCUCGGACAUGGCCGCGGCGGUGGCGGUGGCGGCCGCGUCCCGGCGCCAGUCGUGCUACCUGUGUGACCUGCCCCGCAUGCCCUGGGCCAUGAUCUGGGACUUCACGGAGCCCGUGUGCCGCGGCUGCGUCAACUACGAGGGCGCCGACCGCGUCGAGUUCGUCAUCGAGACGGCGCGGCAGCUCAAGCGGGCGCACGGCUGCUUCUCGGACGGCCGCUCCCCGCCCGGCGCCGCCGCCCCGGCCGCCGCCAAGCCGCCGCCGCCGCUCUCGGCCAAGGACCUGCUCCUGCAGCCGCAGCCGCCGCCGCCGCUCGGCCACGGCGGCCCCGAGGCGGGUCCGCGCGCGCCGCAGCCCCUGGAGCGCUACCCGCUGGCGACCGAGCGGGCUUCGCGCCUGGGCGCCGACUUCGGCGGCAGCCGCCCGGCUCCCGGCCUGGCCCAGCCGCCGCCGCCCGUGAACGGCAUCCUGGUGCCCAACGGCUUCUCCAAGCUGGAGGAGCCGCCCGAGCUGAACCGCCAGAGCCCGAACCCGCGGCGCGGCCACGCCGUGCCGCCCACCCUGGUGCCGCUGAUGAACGGCUCGGCCGCACCGCUGCCCGCCGCGCUGGGCCUCGCCGGCCGCGCCGCCGCCGCCGCCGCCGCCUCGCUGGCCGCCGUGUCGGGCGCCGCGGCCGCCGGCCUGGGCUCGGGCCCGCCCGCCGAACUGGGCGCCCACAAGCGGCCGGCGUCCGUGUCAGGCGGCGCGGCCGGGGAGCACGAGCCGCGCGAGGCGACGGCCAAGGAGAAGCAGCCGCCGCCGCCGCCCGCGCACCGGGGCCCGGCAGACACCCUGGCCGCCGCCACCGCCGGGCCCGCGGAGCUGGGCGCCGAGGCCGCGGGCAAGGGCCGAGCGCCCGCCGAGCAGGACUGGGUCAACCGGCCCAAGACGGUGCGCGACACGCUGCUGGCGCUGCACCAGCACGGCCACUCGGGGCCCUUCGAGAGCAAGUUCAAGAAGGAGCCGGCCCUGACUGCAGGCAGGUUGUUGGGUUUCGAGGCCAACGGGGCCAACGGGUCUAAAGCAGUGGCAAGAACAGCAAGGAAAAGGAAGCCUUCUCCAGAACCAGAAGGUGAAGUUGGGCCCCCUAAGAUCAAUGGAGAGGCCCAGCCGUGGCUGUCCACGUCCACAGAAGGGCUCAAGAUCCCCAUAACUCCUACAUCCUCUUUUGUGUCUCCACCGCCACCCACUGCCUCACCUCAUUCCAACCGGACCACACCGCCUGAAGCGGCCCAGAAUGGCCAGUCCCCCAUGGCAGCCCUGAUCUUAGUAGCAGACAAUGCGGGGGGCAGUCAUGCCUCAAAAGAUGCCAACCAGGUUCACUCCACCACCAGGAGGAAUAGCAGCAGUCCACCCUCUCCGUCCUCUAUGAACCAAAGAAGGCUGGGCCCCAGAGAGGUGGGGGGCCAGGGGGCAGGCGGCACAGGAGGACUGGAGUCAGUGCACCCUGCCAGCCUCCCGGACUCCUCUCUGGCAGCCAGCGCCCCCCUGUGCUGCACCCUCUGCCACGAGCGGCUGGAGGACACCCACUUUGUGCAGUGCCCGUCCGUCCCUUCGCACAAGUUCUGCUUCCCUUGCUCCAGACAAAGCAUCAAACAGCAGGGAGCUAGUGGAGAGGUCUAUUGUCCCAGUGGGGAAAAAUGCCCUCUUGUGGGCUCCAGUGUCCCCUGGGCCUUUAUGCAGGGGGAAAUUGCAACCAUCCUUGCUGGAGAUGUGAAAGUGAAAAAGGAGAGAGACUCGUGACUUUUCGGUUUCUGAAAAACCCAAUGAUUACCCUUAACUAAAACUGCUUGAAUUGUAUAUAUAUCUCCAUAUAUAUAUAUAUCCAAGACAAGGGAAAUGUAGACUUCAUAAACAUGGCUGUAUAAUUUCGAUUUUUUUUGAAUACAUUGUGUUUCUAUAUUUUUUUUGACGACAAAAGGUAUGUACUUAUAAAGGCAUUUUCUUCUUUUGUUAACGUUAUUAGCAUAUCUUUGUGCUUUAUUAUCCUGGUGACAGUUACCGUUCUAUGUAGGCUGUGACUUGCGCUGCAUUUUUAGAGCACUUGGCAAAUCAGAAAUGCUUCUAGCUGUAUUUGUAUGCACUUAUUUUAAAAAGAAAAAAAAAAGCCAAAUACAAUUUUCUGACAUUGUAA